GCAAAUGUACAUUAUUUGUAAAAGUGUAACGUGCUAACGGCCUUGAGAUGACAAAUAGGGCUCCAGAUGACGCCUUAGAUGUUCUGCGCGGAAUUUAGAGUAUAAUGAUUGUAACAGUUAGUAAUCAUCGCUCUCAGAUCCUCUUAAUCUGACGGUUUCGUUAUUAAUAAUUGUUGUUUAUUGCUGUUCCUAUUAAAAGUGAAAAAAAUAAAGACGGAGUAGUACUCUAGAAAAAAUGAAAUGAACACAAAACAGUGUACUGUUGGAUCUAAAGCAAAUAAACCUACAGAGUGGAUAGCAUGUGAUAAGGUCGUCGUCCGUGAUCAAGUUCGUUGGCAAUCACUCACUUCAUCCAAACCAGUAGUGUCUGUUCAUCCUACACUACCUGCUAAACCAAUCACUUCAACUCAUCUUUUGUGUAAUCCCACAAUAAAGUUAGAUAAAGGAGUGCAAACAGAUGACAAUCUUAAUUUUAUUUUUCAUACUGGUGAUAUAAUCAGAACUCAACGUAAUUUAGCAUCUGUCAGACAGAAUUCAUCAUGUCUAUCGUCUUCUAAUGAUAAGAUUGACGAUAAAGAGUCACUUCAAAAGGCGUUAGAAUUGCAGCAAAAAAUUAAUGCUGACUUAAAAAAUUUGCUAGUAUCAGCUUUGUCUGGUAAUUUAAAUGUGGCUCAACAACUUAUCGAUUUAAUGAAUAAUAAUGCUAAUCUUUAUGGUCAAAGUGAAGGUUUAGCUCAACAGAAAUCUAUUUUACAAGAAGCUGCUAACACUGCAGAAAUUGUAGCUGAUGUAUGGCAAACAAAAUGUAUUGCUAGUCAUGUUAUAGCUAGUGAAGCAGUUAAACAAGCUAUCAUGUCAAUUCAUCAAGCACAUUUAGCACGACAUGCCCUAGCUCACCUACUUGGUGAACGUGCACAAAUUCGUCGAUAUUUAAAUCAAACAAUUCCUUUGUUAUCAGAUUAUUGUAAUAAAAAUAAUAUUCAAUUCAAUAAUUCGGUUGAUCAAACAUAUAAUACAUUAAGUUUGACAUCAUUAUGUUUUGACUUGGCUUCAGCGAUAUCACCAAAUAUGAAUAUCCAACCAAUUCAUUGUAAUUCAGAUACACUUGGUGAAGAGUUAGCACAAUAUACGUUUAUUUCGUUCUCAUUUUUAUAUCCCACUGAUUCACAAAUAUGA